UUCCUAACUAUGUGAGACUUUUGUUUCCGGGACACAAAUGUUGUGGGGGUUAAAUUGAAUCAUGGAACAGAAAGAGGGAAACAGCCAAGAUGACGCAGACAUUUCUUCUGUCAUGGGGUUUUCUGGCUUUGGAAAGAAAGCCCGGACCUUUGAUUUCCAAGCUAUUUUUGAACAAACCCGAAGAACAGCCAUUGAAAGAAGCCAGCAAGUUUUAGAGGAGCGACUAAUUGAGGACCAUCAGAAGGAGCAGGCUGGAGGCUCCGUGGCAACCAAGUCAUCUGAUGCACCCAGGAAGGCCUUCUUACCAAGGAAAAAGGAGAGCAGUAGCAGUAGCAGUGACAGCAGUGGUUCUGACUCCGACUCAGAUGGGGGGGACAUCGGUCCCCCACUGCCCCCAGGGUUCUCUGUUCAGGGGGCAAAGGACGAGGAUGCAGGGCUUAUGGGCCCUCCCCCUCCUCCAGGCUACCGCACCAGCAGUGCUGCUGCUGCUGCUGCUGCUGCUGGUAAUGAUGAUGAUGACGACGACAGUGACGAGGGCAAUCAAGAGGAAGAUGAUGACAACCCAGUGAAGAAGAUUCCAGACACGCAUGAGAUCACCCUUCAGCACGGCUCGAAGACGGUGUCGGCAAUGGCCCUGGACCCCUCGGGAGCACGGCUGGUUACCGGGGGUUACGACUACGAUGUGAAGUUCUGGGACUUUGCCGGGAUGGACACGUCACUGCAGGCCUUCCGAUCCCUGCAGCCCUGUGAAUGUCAUCAGAUCAGGUCCCUGCAGUACAGCAACACGGGUGACGUGAUCCUGGUGGUGGCCGGAAACGCCCAGGCCAAGGUCCUGGACCGGGACGGCUUCAACGUGAUGGAGUGUGUGAAGGGGGACCAGUACAUCGUGGACAUGGCCAACACCAAGGGUCACACAGCCAUGCUGAAUAGUGGCUGCUGGCACCCCAAGAUCAAAGAGGAGUUCCUCACCUGCUCCAACGAUGGUACUGUGCGCACAUGGGACGUGAACUCUGAGAAGAAACACAAGUCUGUGUUCAAGCCCCGCUCCUACCAGGGCAAGCGAGUCAUCCCAACCUGCUGCACCUACAGUAGGGAUGGCAAGCUCAUCGCCGCAGGCUGCCAAGAUGGCACAAUCCAGAUCUGGGACCGCAACUUAAGCGUCCACACCAAGUUCCACUGUCGGCAGGCCCAUACUCCAGGCUCAGACCCCUCCUGUCUCGCCUUUUCCUAUGAUGGGACUACCCUGGCGUCUCGAGGAGGUGAUGACACGCUGAAGACGUGGGACAUCCGAAACUUCAAGAAGCCUCUGAACGUGGCCACUGGACUGACCAGCGUCUUCCCAAUGACCGACUGCUGCUUCAGCCCUGACGACAAGCUCCUGGUGACGGGCACGUCAGUGCGGAAAGGCGAAGGCCAUGGCAAGCUGGUAUUCUUUGACCGGGGAACCUUCCAGAAGGUCUAUAACAUUGAUGUAACUAACGCGAGUGUGGUUCGAUGCCUGUGGCACCCCAAGUUGAAUCAGAUAAUGGUUGGCACUGGCGACGGCCUGGCCCGAGUCUACUACGACCCCAUCAAGAGCCAAAGGGGUGCAAAGCUGUGCGUGGUGAAGAGCAAUCGGAAGGAGAGGCAGGCUGAGACUCUGACGCAGGACUACAUCAUCACCCCUCAUGCGCUGCCCAUGUUCCGUGAGGCCCGCCAGCGCAGCACACGGAAGCAGCUGGAGAAGGACCGUUUGGACCCGAUGAAGUCGCACAAGCCCGAGCCGCCCGUCUCCGGCCCAGGACGAGGUGGACGUGUGGCGGCCCAUGGUGGGACGCUCUCCUCGUUCAUCGUGAAGAACAUCGCUCUGGAUAAGACCGAUGACAGCAACCCGCGCGAGGCCAUCCUGCGCCACGCCAAGGAGGCUUCGGAGAACCCCUACUGGGUCGCCCCAGCGUACACAGAGACGCAGCCUGAACCGCUGUUUGCCGAGGAGUCGUCAGAGGACGAAGAAGCCGACAAAGAGCCGGAGUGGAAAAAACGCAAAAUCUGAACACACCACUCCAUUCCCCUCUCCCUCUCCCUCUCUCUCUUUCUCUCUCUCUCUCUCUCUCUCUUUCUCUCUUUCCCUCCGUCUCUCCCUCCUCUAACCCCCUUCUUCCAUUUCUCUCUCUCUCUCUCUCUCUCUCUCUCUCUCUCUCUCUCUCUCUCACUCAGUGGGUUAAGAGUGUGGGCUGUGUUGUUGUACACAUAGUGUGUGUUUUUGGAAAAAGGCCUGUGUGUUAAUCUUUGCCAGCAACAUACGUGUGAGGGUUCUUGCUGCAAGCUAGGGCUAGCCAGCCACACUCCUCUUCAGAGUCUUUGAGAUACGGUUGCGUUAAGAUCUUUUUUUGAUCAGUGUUUGAAAAGAUGUACAAUUGUGUAGAUGAUGAUCAAUGAAUAAUUCAAGCAUUCUUUUUUAAUAAACAACCUUUUUUUCAAA